ACAUGUAUAUUACAUUUCAAUAUGAAGAAAAAAAGAAUAUAAAGAGACCAAAACUUUAUUAUUUUUAUUUUUAUUUUUAUUUUUCAAGAUGCUAGGAAAUAGCCAAAUCCAAGCAUUGACUCUUUAUCCAAUGUCUUACCCUUUGUCUAUAACUGUUCCUCAUCUUUCACUCUCCUCACCAAACCUCUCUCUCUUCUUAUAAGAAAGAGCGCCCAAAAGUUUUAGAGUAGUAGUUUUGUCUCCAUGGCUGCUGAGAAGAAGAAACACUUACAUGAGCUUCUUGAAGAUGACCAAGAACCUUUUCAUCUCAACCAUUACAUCUCUGACCUUAGGUCUCAGAUGGGUUGCUCCACUUUGCGUGUCAAGAAACGAAAGUCUGAAAACGCCACCGUUCUACCUCCUGGCUUCUUCUCAUGCGAGCGUUCUUGUUUCUUCGCGACUUAUACCAACUCUCCCGACCCUAGAAAGUCUCCUCUCUUUGAACUCCGUUCUCCGGCGAACAAGAAGAGUCGUGACGGUCGAGUUUUCCUUCAGAUACCGACAAGAACCGCCGCAAUUCUGCUGGAAGCGGCGGCCAGGAUUCAGAAGCAGCAGGUCGAGAAGGCUGAUAAGACAAACAACAGAGCUCGGAACAGAGGAAACACGUUUGGUAUGUUCGGGUCUGUUUUGAAGCGGUUAACUAACCGUAAAGCCAAACCGUGUCUGCAUAGCGCUGAUGGAAACGCGGUUUUGUCUGAACGCGGGUCGGAGCCAACGAGUAGUAGCAGCCGGCGAGAGCGUUUGGUGGAGGUUGAUGAUAAGUGCUUUUGUGAGAGCCCUUUUCAUUUCGUCCUCCAUACAACUCCUUCUACUUCCGGUAACCGGACUCCCCACUUCACGUCGACGGCUACUUCUCCGGCGAGACGCAGUACAGAGGACGAAGAUAGCAAUGAGACAGAGAGCUUAGAGAAAGUGAGAGGACAAGGAGAAGAAGAUAAAGAAGAGGAAGACAAGGAACAAUGUAGCCCUGUUUCUGUACUUGACCCUCUUGAGGAAGAGGAGGACGACGAGGACCACCACCAACGUGAGCCUGACCAUAUAAAUCUCCCCCCGUGCAGCUUUGAAGUUGUACAACGGGCGAAAAGGCGGCUACUCAAGAAGCUUCGUAGAUUCGAGAAGUUAGCAGGGCUGGAUCCGGUAGACCUCGAAGGGAAGAUGUCAGAAGAAGAUGAAGAAGAGGAUGAGGAGAGCGAGGAAGACGAUAACGUAAGGGUUUAUGAUUCGGAUGAAGAGUAUGAGGAUGUAGAUGAUGCAAUGGCAAGAGAGACUGGAAGCGCUGAAGAGGAGAGGAUGAAGAAGAAUGAUGAGAGGCAGAAAAAGUGGAGGAUGAUGAAUGCAUGGAGAGUAGGAAUGGGUGCGGAGGAAGAUGUGGACGUGGUGGUGCAGAAAGAUAUGAGAGGAGAGGCCGGAGAAUGGACAAAACACGGUGGAGAAGUGGAGGAGGCCGUGUCUGAUCUUGAGCUCUCUAUAUUCUUCUUCUUGAUUGAUGAACUUUCCCAUGAACUUGCAUCUUCUCCUCCAUGAACAACUAAUGAAUUUUAUUAGAGUAGCUAGGUUUCUAAAUAUCUUUGACUUGAUAAGCCAAACUAACCUCAUUAACGUUAAUACUAGAAUUACAUAAUUUCUUACUGCGUAGAAAAUUUCACAAACGUUAACAUUCAAUCGGAUAACCCUCGGACCGUCCUAUUUAGGCCCAUAUGCAUGUUCGUUUUAUCUGAUGUUGUAAUUCAUGUCUUGUAAAUACAUAAAGGGUUGGACUGACUUGAAA